UGUGUGGGUGAGCCAUAAUACUGCCUAGCUCCAUUCCAAACAUAAUGAUUACAAAAUGAGUAACGUGAUUCCAUUGUGAAAGAUCUUUAUUACCUGAUCAUUAUUUGUGUGCUCUGUCAAGGUAGAUAUGCAUAGAAAGUAUCUGUUAUCGUAGGAAUUAGAAUCUAGGACAGGCGAAAGCUUGUAAAAAAAAAACGGAAGUAUUAGCUGAAGAAAUCAUGGAUCAGUAAUUUUCGAUUUUUCACAACAAAAUCACACGACUCAUGCUCACGCGAGGUUAAUUUGGAAAUAAAACCAUCGCUUGCAGCAGCCCUUGGUCGGAUUGAUAACUGUUCUGAGUCGUUCCCUUUUUCCCUUGCCCCUUCCUAGCGACCGGCAUUUUUUUCCCUUCCUUGCGAUUUACAUUUUUUUCGCAACCUACUUUACCGUCUUGGUGACGGACAAGCAGGAGUUCUGCAAUGUUGACAUUGCGGCGUACAAAUAGCAACGAAACAAAAUCCACGAAAAAGUACAACAAACGUUCUAUAAGUAAUUUACAAGUACUCAAAGCCUACUCAAGGAGCAAAAAACCAUUUAUGAAAUUUGAAUCGAGUCCAAACGAUAACUUUGGCCUGGAUCAUGACUACGCUUUGAUCAAAAAUGCUAAAACUAAUCACAAAGCUUUUAAUGUUAAGACCGAAGAAUCCGAAUCAGAGACAUCGAGCGAUGAUCUAGAAGAUCCUCUUCCGAGUCAGGGCCACAAUGGUUCUUUCAAAAUCAGCUACAGUGACGAGCUUUUUGUAGAAGAAGCUCAGUGGAUUGAUGAAGAGCCCAAAAUAGUUUCUCUUCAGAAUUGGCUGCAGCUACCAGAUACUGGUAGUUUGUACGUGGAUUGUGAUGUUGUCGGUCCAAAUGAGGUGGGAAUAUAUUCAACAAAUUGUACAUAUGAUCCUAAAAUUCUCUACCACGAGGAACCUCUUUCAAUUCAAACUUCCAACUUGAGUGGUACAAAUUCUCCAACAUCUAACAACUCUUUGGAAAAUGCUCCGUUUGCCGGGGAACGUGAUUCAAAUUCACAAGAUUUGGGAAGCGGAAGAUCGAAGAAAGAUGACAAAAUUCAGAGGAUAAUCACAAGACGACAAUAUGGAUCUCAUCGAGAAAGUAAGAGAAGACAAUAUGGAGAUAGCAAAAUCUUCAACAUGCUAGAUCUGGGCUUGAAUAAUCAAGAAUCUUACCAUGAUGGUCGAAGGAUCACACGUAGCUUAAAUAAAUCCUCCGAACGACAAAAGAUUUGUGGGAAUACCGUUCAAGGCAACAUUGGGAAAUUAGUUUGGGGCUUUUGCAAGGGCUGGUGGCCUGCCAUAAUAAUUGAAACCGAAGCUGUUGGAAUUGCAACUCAAGAGGAUAAAGUGUGUGCAUUCUGGUUGGGCGACAACCUGUUCUCAAUGCUGAAUGAGAAGACCCAGAUCGAACCCUUUUCGACAAAUUUGAAUGGUAGAUUAAUUAGACACAUUACAGAUCCCAGAGCUAGCUGCGCUCGGAGAAAAACUUCGUACUACGCUUUGAAGUUACUUACAAAAUAUUUGAAAGUUCCGUUAACAAUUCCUUACGCUGCGUGGGCGGAGAAGCAUCUGCUGCGUAAAAACCUUGUAGACGAAUUCAGAUUUUAUCCAUAUCCCAAGGACAUCCAGCAUAGGUUGGACCAGUUGAAGGAGUUGAAUGUUAAAAAGACAAAAAAAAAUGCCCGUAAUCAAGUUGACUCCAAGUCCUCUGCCGAACGUUCUUUGCAAGAUAACACCGAAAAAACCUUUCGGGAUAAUGGUGAUGUUAUUUCCACUAAAUCGCGGAGUAAAUUAUCCAAGGAUUUUGCCCGCAAACCGACAAACGAACCGCCCCCAAAUCCUGUCGACGAACAUAUUCUACCACUGAUGGAACAAAAGCCCGGUGUAAUUGUAUGGGGAAAAUUAACGGGUCAUAACUGGUGGCCAGCAAUAAUAGUUCACAAUCACGACUGUGGUAUGAAAGAGCCCAUCUUUGGAUGUCAGUGGAUAAUGUGGUACGGCGACUACCAAUUGUCGGAGGUCCAUUAUCUUAAGUUGAUGAAGUUCGACGACGGGAUGAAAAAGAUGUAUGACUACGUAUCUCAGUGCAAAAAGGAAAAAUAUAUUGAUGCAGUUUUGAGUGCUUGCAAGGAUUACGGUACUCGUUUGAAGUUUGAGACAGCAAAGUGGACGAUGGAUGAUAUAUUGUCCCUCUUUAACGAGAGCUUGGAGAAAAUUCAGAAGUCUGACAAUGACGGAACUUUAGAGUCCAAAUACUCGGAGCUCAUCGCUGCAAAAUUAAAAGAAAUCAAAUCCAACAGAGGGGUUGCAGGGGAACGCGAACGACGGAUUCAACAUUGCGAUUACUUCAAGAUUGCCCUUGACGGAACACCAAAAACUUUAGAUUCUUUAUGCGUGAUUUGCUUGGAAAUGACGGACGAGGGAGUGCUGAAACACCCAUUUUUCGAAUGCGUUGUCUGUGGCAAAUGUAUGGAAGAGUACAGGGCAAUAGUUUUUGCAUACGGGGAUGACGGUAAAUGUUUUUAUUGCACACUUUGUGGCGGUGCUGAGACCGUAGUUAUGUGUGACAGUCGAGAUUGCCCCCGAGUUUAUUGUACCGCAUGCUUGAAGUACAUCAUAUGUCCUGCGGAUUAUGAAAAGAUUCUUCAGACCGAUCCUUGGCUGUGCUUUCUAUGUGUCAAAUCUGGCAAUUUGAAUGACAAUCAAUUGCUCAAAUCAAGGUCUGAUUGGAAAACUAAAAUCGCAAAACUGUUCUCUCCAAAUAAAUCCGGCACAAAUCUUAACGACGUCAGAACCUAUAAUGGUGAGACAAGGAAAAUGCGCGUACUUUCUCUGUUCGAUGGAAUAAGCACAGGUUUGGUGGUUCUGGAAAAGCUUGGUAUAGAGGUCGAAGACUAUUACGCCUCUGAAAUCGAUAUUGACGCACAGACUGUCAGCGCUGUUCAUUUUGGAUCGAAAAUACACCGCCUUGGCGACGUCAGAAAUAUCACCGAAGACGAUAUAAAAGCAAUAGCACCGAUAGAUCUGUUGAUCGGGGGUUCUCCGUGCAAUGAUUUGAGCAUUGCAAACCCGAACCGAUUAGGAUUGCAUGAUCCGAACGGAACAGGUGUUCUUUUUUUCGAUUACUGUCGGAUAAAGAAACUAGUCACCAAGGCGAACGAGGGACAUCAUUUGUUCUGGCUCUUUGAAAACGUAGCCUCGAUGCCGAGCAAGGAUAGACUAGCGAUUAACGAGUAUCUUCGGUGUGAACCAACUUUGAUAGACGCUUCUGAUUUUUCACCUCAACAUCGCCCAAGACUAUUUUGGAAUAAUCUGCCGAUGGGCGAUCAAUUUCCACCUCCAGAUCCAUCACAAGAUCUGCAGAGCGUCUUGACUCCGAAUUGCAAUCGACACGCUCUCGUAAAGAAGAUUCAAACAGUUACAACAAAAGUCAAUUCUCUGAAACAAGGCGUGUCCUUGCAAAAACCCGUUUUAAUGAACGGACAGCCUGAUUCGUUGUGGAUAACGGAGCUGGAGGAAAUUUUCGGAUUUCCCAAACAUUACACGGAUGUUAAAAAUUUGCCGGCAACUAAAAGACAAAAGUUGAUCGGGCAGUCUUGGAGUGUUCAAACAAUCACUGCCAUGUUACGGCCACUCUGCUACUUUUUUGCUUCCAAAGUUCAGGCUCGGGAUUGACUUUUAAUCCUUUGCAAUCAAGAGGUGACUCUUGCUCACCGCUGCUACCGGUGGUGAUGUUUAUUUGCAUUUAUUUUUAUCGAAACGUUUUUUACAACGAACCUUCGGAAGUAUAAAAUGAUUCAUCUUCGUAUAGCUAGUAAGAUUUUUUAAUCUCAAAUUAAUCAUUCAGAGGCAAGUUUCUGGUUCGCCCAAGCGAAAAUGGCCUCGAGCGCAAAGAGUUAAUUUGUCAUUGCAAUAAAUAGUCUUCACGUUCCAAAGAUAACGUACAGCAGAGCGUUGCUACAAAAAUUUACAAUUUACACUGAGUUUUAUAUGCAAUUUUACAAUGCGGGUCAAUUGAAGAUUUUUAGCCCGUCAGAAAGCCUUAUUGUGCCUUUCAAAUUACUAAAGCAAUUGAUAAAGCACAAACACUCGACUUUGAUCUUGAAUAUCUAUUGAACCGAUAAAGUUAGCGAUAAAUCAUAACAGACCUUUUUUGUAGAGCGUUAAAUUUCCUAUAAGAAACUAUACAGUCCAGAAUUAUAAGUAUAUAUGUUAACGACUUACAAAAUUGCAAAGAACGAGAUCAUAUUUUCACAUUUUUUUUACACUUAAAACUUCGACUGCCGUGGGGCACGGGUUAAUAUUAAAAUUAAGGCAGGCAUUUUUUUUAAUAUAUUUUGAAACGACUUAGGACCAUUGUAAAAAAAAAUUCAAACAUAUGGAAAAUAAGGACCACCCUAGUGUACGCGUAAGACGCUCUUCGAUUUCCAGGUGCUUUUAUAACGUGAUCGUAUACCGUUAUAACGUUUUAUAAUAUAAAUUUAUCAUACAGUUAUGUAAGCAUGUAUAACGUAUAAUUUGAGGACCCCUGCUAUUUGGGCGCCUAGUUAUGAUCCUGGUCUAACUGAGUCAAACGCGCCGGUCAGCAUUCUUACGAAAUCAUCUUUGCUACACGGUCAAAACCUAGUCGGAAAUUUUGAUAAAACUACCCACAGGGCUCCAGUAACCAUUAGAUCAUUCGUACUACGGUCAAGCCACCGGUCCUCGAGGUAUAUGUUAGUGAAAUUUAUGUUUUCGUACCAUAUAUCUAUUCUUGUUGUGCAAUGAAAAUUUGAAAAAUCAUGUUACUAUUGUACCAAUAUAAACACUCUAUUAAAUCUAUAUACCCACCAA